GACUUAAAUGUAAUGCUUAUACUGCCAGAAAUAUUAAAAUUGCACCUUUCUAGUAAAAAUAGUUAUACUGCUCACUUUUGAGGACAAAAGCUUAAUACACAGUAUAAAAAAUAUGAUGAAAAUGUGAAAACACACAUAUAUAUAUGUUUUUACCUUUUUAACAAAAGUGGGCUUGAAAUGAAUUAAGUGGUUUCAAAAUAUAGUAAAAAUCAAAUUAUAAACGACUUAUUUAAUCUUUCUUAUAACAGUAAAAUAAAUAUGUUCAUACUUAGUGACUUUUCAAAAUUGUCCCCAUUUAAUUUAAUUGAUGACAUAAAAUGUUCUGUCCAGCAACCCCAGACGCCAUUUUUUUUAAAUCAAAUUUUAACUCGCGAGGCAAGUCAAAUUCUUAUUUACAAUGACGGCCUACCGGGGAACAGUCGGUUAACUGCCUUGUUCAGGGGAAGAACGACACCUUGUAAUCUCGGGAAUUAUGAUCCAGCGACCUUUCGGUUACUAGCCCAACGCUCUAACCACUAAACUAUACCAGCAGCUCCAGCAUUCAAAUGCCUGCUAACUCAUUAUAACUUCAGCUUUAAGCACUAUGUGAUUUCAUCCCUCUGUGACGAAGAGAAAGUGGAAUUGUUUCAAUUAUCCAAAAUGAUGUUGUAGUUUUGUAUAUUUAGAGCUCUAAAUCCAAUUGACUAUAUCUAAACUAGAUGAUGCUGCUUUUUCUGCAAUUGCCAGGCUCUCCAUUUCAAAUCCCUCAUAUGCCUUAUUGUAAACGGAGCUGCAAGGGUCACCGCCAGAGGAAGUGGAUCCUUUGUCUGGAUAGGCCAGAAAAUGUGACAUGUCGCUCUCUAUGCAAAUAUUUAUCAUGGUGUGAGAUUUCACAUACUGUAUCUCAGACGAGAGCAGAGAGCGUCAUGCGAAGCUGGACAACCAGAGCUUUCACGGAGUGCACGGCAAUUGAUGUUGCGUCACUCACCGAGUGCUCUGUACACAAAAAUGUCCGUCGGAAACGGGCCAGAAGCGCUCAAAAUCUCCUAAAUAGAUAACUUAAUGUUUAAGAUUAAUACACAACUGUGAACACUGCACAUGAUGGUUAAUGAGUUGAGUUCUCUAAAUCUAGCUGUUGAGGAGGAAAUUAUGUCAGCCAAACAGCAAACAAAUAUUAGUGUUGAUAUGGAGCUUUAACGUUUUUUAUUUAUUUAUCCUCUUCAAAAAAGUAUUAAUCGCCUGAGUUUCCAAAGAGACAUUUAAAUACUAAAUAUUGGUCUACAUCUCACAUUUGGAUAACCUAUCAUGUAUUUCAGUCAAUAAGUAAGUAGUUGGAGUUUUGCCAGCCUUGUAAAGCAAGACACAGCAUCGUCUUGGCUCAGUCUGGACCACAACGUUCAGGUUGGAUUUUAUCCAAUGACGCUGUCACACUGCCCAUGCACAUCAAUGAAGCUCUCAUACGGAAAAACAGUCAAAAUGAUUAGAUGAAAUCGACCUUUAAUGCAGAAAUAUUUUUAGAGGAAUAUCAGAUUUUCCCUUUUUCCCUGUGUAUUAUUAAUUAGGCCUAUAACUGCUAAUCAAACAAUGAAACUCAAGAGUCGACUCGUUUAAUAAUAAUAGUGCUAUGUUAUGACAUCAUUGAACAAAAAUAUUUUAUACAUUUGUUAAAAUUCUGAAAUGUCAAAAUUACUUUCAUAACGUUAUUUUAUUGGUGUUUUUCGCCAUUCUUGCUGAUUUUGAUGUUUAUUUUAUUUCAUUUGUCAUUGCACUCACUCAUUGUUAUGAGUGCUCUGAUUCAUAACUUUGGACCAGUAUAAUGAAAUAUUUACCUGCCUUGAGACUCAUAAACACAUUUCAGAGGAACGGCAUCAUUUCACGCUAUCACAAACAUUUUAAAGCAUGAAGUGCACUGCCUGUCAUUGCUUGUCACUUUUGGUAUGUUCAUAAUAUAUUUUUGUUUCUCCGGUAGACAUACUAUGCCACUCUUACCAGAUGAAUAGGUAAAUAACGCAUAUUUCCCAUAAUAAUGUCGAAAUAUACAGGGGAAAAACGUAACUAUGAUUCCGGCCUAUUUUUGUUGAUAUUUAUAUGAGCAUGUGGCAAUGCAUCAUUAAGAUAAUAAACAAUUAACAUUGGUGUGAUAUCUACACAAAUAUAUCACAUAAAGUAAAAUGUUAUCAAAUAAGGACUGGCUGAUUGUCUCUGAAAGCAAAUUGGGUUUAUGGGCAAAGCCCUCAUGAUUAUCCUAAUUAAGAGCUGUCUAAUUAAAUUAUUGUCUUGAGCUAACCAAUAGCAAUAGUUGUUUCAUUAGCAAUGCAUGAAGAGUGAUGAAUAGCAAAACCUUCCUGAUUGCAGGAUAGUGUCAAUUGGCUCAUUUGCUCUUACUCAAGGUGACUGAAAACAUAGGAAGGCGAUUUUUUUUGCGUGUCUUAUAUAGUUAGGAGUGAACAAAAGCUUGCGAUUCCAUAUAGUUUGCGUUAAUAGUGUUGAAAGCUAUGCAGCUCGAGAAUUGCACUAGUGGGCUCUCCAAGAAAUGUCUGAAUGUGGGCAGAGGCUACCCAAGCUCCGAUGGAUCUGAGCUAUCCUUGCAGGACCAUCCUAUUAUAUCUGCUAGUGACAACCUGGAGAGAAGUUCAACUCUGAAAAAAAAUUCCAGGGGGAUGACGAACCAGUCAGAGGCUGACAAUUUCCCCGACUCCAAGGACGCAUCAGGGGACGUCCAGAGAGGUAAACUCUCUCCUGAUCUCCACGGAGUCUCUGAAAUUCGUCAUAAUUUCGAUGGAUCUACAGGAGAAAGGUAUACCCUUUCGCAAUCUAGCCAACCACAGUCAGUCUCAGCAACUCCUAGUACUAUGUUCCCCUAUCCGAGUCAACAUGGACCAGCGCACCCGGCUUUUUCUAUCGGGAGUCCGAGUCGUUAUUUGGCCCACCAUCCAGUCAUCACUAAUGGAGCGUACAAUAGUCUUCUGACCAACAGCUCUCCGCAAGGCUACCCAACCUCGGGUUACCCAUACGCACAACAGUAUGGACACACUUAUCAAGGAGGGGCGUUCUACCAGUUUUCCUCGGCGCAAGCUGGGCUGCUGCCUGGGAAAGCGCAGGUGUAUCUGUGCAACAGGGCCCUGUGGCUGAAGUUUCACAGACAUCAAACAGAGAUGAUAAUCACCAAACAAGGACGACGAAUGUUCCCCUUUUUGAGUUUCAACAUUUCUGGUCUGGAUCCGACGGCGCACUACAACAUAUUUGUGGAUGUUAUUCUUGCUGAUCCAAAUCACUGGCGAUUCCAAGGUGGCAAGUGGGUACCAUGUGGCAAAGCGGACACCAAUGUCACAGGAAACAGGGUGUACAUGCACCCUGACUCUCCAAACACCGGUGCGCACUGGAUGCGCCAAGAAAUCUCAUUUGGGAAGCUGAAAUUAACGAACAAUAAAGGAGGCUCAAACAACACCGGACAGAUGGUGGUUCUACAAUCGCUUCACAAGUACCAGCCCAGGCUCCAUGUGGUGGAAGUCAACGAAGACGGAACCGAGGACUCCAGCCAACCUGGAAGAGUACAGACGUUCACCUUCCCAGAAACACAGUUCAUCGCAGUCACAGCUUACCAGAAUACCGAUAUUACCCAGCUAAAAAUCGACCACAAUCCAUUUGCUAAAGGAUUUCGGGACAACUAUGACACUGUCUACACAGGUUGCGACAUUGACCGGUUAACACCAUCACCGGGUGACUCGCCUCGCUCUCAGAUCAUGCCUGGUGCGAGAUAUGCCAUGGCUGGUUCUUUCCUACAGGACCAAUUUGUCAGCAGUUAUGCCAAAUCUCGCUUUCACCCUGGCGUAGGGACUGGACCUGGCACGGACCGCAGCGUCCCACUUAGUAACAGCUUGCUAUCCCCGCAACAAACCGAAGAGCCCACAGUUGCAUCCCCGCAGCGAUGGUUUGUCAACCCUGCCAAUAACCGACUGGACUUUGCCGCCUCGCCAUACGAUGCUGCCGCGGCUGCUGAUUUUGCCGGUAACGCGGCCACCCUGCUGUCCUAUGCAGCAGCUGGAGUAAAGACACUUCCACUGCCCACUACAGGGUGCUCAAACAGACCUCUAGGUUACUAUGCCGACCCUUCCGGCUGGGGCACACACACACCACCCCAGUACUGCAGUAAGUCUAGCUCUGUGCUCUCUUGCUGGCCAACAAAUUCUGUUGGCAGAACAGGCACGUCCAACUACCUGGUUGAUAACGCGGACACCAUCCCAACAGAAAGGUCACCCAUCGGUGGGUCUAACGAGGCAAAAUCAAAAGACUUAUCCGAAUCCAGCUGGAUAGAGACGCCGUCUUCAAUCAAGUCGAUUGAUUCAAGUGAUUCUGGUAUCUUUGAGCAAGCUAAACGGAGAAGAAUUUCACCGUCUGCCACACCGGUUUCGGAAACAGUGUCCCCGUUGAAAUCUGAGAUCUUGCCUCCAAGAGAGUGUGAGAAAAAUUACAUUAAGGACAUUGGUUACUAUAGUUUCUAUCCACACAGUUAGACAACCACAAAACGGGGG